AUGCCCUUCCACCGCAAUGACCUCAAUCUCUACCAAAACCUGGAGUCCCCGAGCUUUUUCUGGCGCGGUGCCUCGUACCAAACGAUCCUUACCGUUGCCACGUUGUCGCGUCUCUUCCUCUACACUCUGAACAAAACCGAAGUUCAAGGCCUACCCCGUUUUCUUGACCUCCUAAAGUCGCGAUCCGACUUCAAAACACGUCGUCGCGGGCUGUUGACCGUCUCGAACCAUAUUUCCGUCCUCGACGAACCAUUAAUAUGGGGUGUUCUUCCUUUCUCCUUCGCAGCCUUCCACGGCUAUAUGAACCACCGCUGGAGUUUGGGUAGUCAUGAUAUUUGCUUCAAGAAUGCUUUUACGUCCCAUUUUUUCACAUUGGGACAAGUCCUCCCUAUACACCGCGGCGCACACUCACCUUUUGGUGGACCCUACCAGGCAACUAUGACCGAAGCUGUCCGCCUGCUCUCCAAGAUCUCUGCACAGAAGCAAUCACUCAGUCCCCUGAGCAACCCGCGGUUUCACAAGGAUUGGAAGCCUGCUCAAUGGCCCUGGGAUUGCGUGGAUCCGUUUUCCGAGAUCUCGCCUCCACCGUCCUACCCGUCACAGCCCUCCGAUGUGAGGUGGUAUCUCGCCCCAUCACGCUAUGCCAGCAACUCGUACAGCUGGGUACACAUCUUUCCCGAGGGAAUGAUCCACCAAGCCACUGACAAGACGAUGCGCUACUUCAAAUGGGGUGUGGCCCGGCUCAUUCUCGAGCCGCCCGAGUGUCCUGACGUGGUACCUAUGUUCAUUGAAGGAACGGACCAGGUUAUGCAUGAGAGUCGGUCGUUCCCUCGCUUCAUACCCAGGAUCGGGAAAAGAAUUUCUCUUACAAUCGGGCGGGAGCUGGACGUUGAGGCCGUGUUUGGCGACCUGCGCAAGCGAUGGCGAGAUCUGGCAGACCGACAUGCCCGUGAAGCCGGACUGCCUGGAUGGGACGAGAUGAUUCUGGGUCUUGUGCCCGAGAACUUGGCCAAUCAUCCCGAGGCCGUGGAGCUGAGGAUCGAAUGUACAAAACGUGUCCGAGAGGCGGUCCUCGAGGUCAGACGCUCCAGGGGUUUGCCGGAUGAAGAUCCCAAGAAUGGAGUGGUCGAGACGUGGGCGAGAGAAGGGCCGAAGCGUGAAGGCUUGAUGGACGACGGUACUUGGGUCAAGGACACCUAG